GGGAAAAUGUCUUGGCGCUGUCUGUCGCGGUGGACCGAAGACAGACGCGUUCCUGUUGGGGGUUUCGUCAUUGACAUGCUGUCACCCAUAUGUUGCGACGAUAUCCACGAUUGCAUUUUUGGCUUUAGAUAUUUGGCCGCCGUUAUGCUUGAUUGACAAACGCCUGGUUGACCGCCGUUUUGGGACCGAUAUCAAACAGAUCUCCUCUCCCCAUUGGAGCUAUUGUUUUGGUACAUCCUAGCCAAGACAAGACCAUUUAACAACACCCUCGUCACUGGAGGGGUUGCACCACAACCACAAAGCCACCACCAUGGGCCUCUCUGCAAAGGAUGCUUUGCAACUACGAGAUACGCUGCAAAUAGCAGUAGUAAAAUGCUCCGAAAGAUGUCUUUACCACGCUGCCAAAUGGGCGGCCGAACUCCUCGAUGCGCUUCCUCAACCAUCUGCUGCCGACUUUAAAGCAACGCAAGACUUACCAUCGUCUUACAUUCAUCCCGCUUUCACACCAAAUCAUGAUCCUGCCGAAGCAGCUCUCGAAGCCAAGGAGCUCAGCCGUUACCUUCUCGCCAAAUCGUUAUUCGACUGCAAGGAGUUCGACAGAUGUGCCGCCGUAUUCCUUCCCGAGUCUUCAUUGGCAGAGAUGUUGGGGACAAAAGUAGACGAUGCCACCACUACGGGAGGGAGAGAAAAGCAGAGGCCUUCGGUUGUUCUACCUUCGGAGAGAGCUUUACCUCAGAUCAGCCAAAAAAGCUUAUUUCUCGCGCUGUAUGCCAAAAUGAUCUCGGGCGAGAAGCGAAAGGAGGAGGAAUCUGAAAUGAUCAUGGGGCCGCAAGACUUGGGGACGAUUACGAACAAACAGCUGGCCGUGGUCAGUCGGUUCCUCACAAAGUGGUUCGACCAGCGAAAGUCGGAGGGAGGCGAUGUUGCGCCCAGCCAGGGCUUCCUUGAGUAUCUCUACGGCAUGGUUUUGGUGAAGGAGAAGAACGACAGGGCUGGUUUGCAGUAUUUGGUUGAAAGUGUGCAACUAUUUCCGUGGAACUGGGGUGCCUGGAUGGAGAUCACCAACCUCAUCACCAGAGUUGAACAGCUGAACGAAGUAACACCAAAGCUACCCCAGAACAUCAUGUCUUUCAUCUUUCACGCCCAUGCUUCGAUCAACCUUUACCAACAAGGCGGUGAGAUCGCCAGUGCUCUGAACGACUUGCUGGUCGUGUUCCCAACAUCAUCGUUCCUUCUAACCGACAAAGCACUGCUAUAUUAUCACUCGAAAGAUCUUGUAGCAGCCGAGCAAGAAUUCAGUCAGCUACUUGGACUUCAUCCCCAGAGGAUAGAUGCACUGGACCAUUAUUCAAACAUUUUAUAUGUUUUGAACCUCCGACCAAAGCUGGCCUUUUUGGCCCAUCUAUGCUCUAGCAUUGAUACGUUUCGUCCAGAGUCUUGCGUCGUCAUUGGUAAUUACUACUCUCUACUAUCUUGCCACGACAAAGCAGUCCACUAUUUCCGCCGGGCGCUCAUGUUGGACCGCUCAUGUCUUUCCGCGUGGACACUCAUGGGGCAUGAGUAUGUAGAGUUGAAGAAUACUCACGCAGCCAUCGAAUCCUACCGAAGAGCGGUAGACGUCAACCGGAGGGACUACCGCGCCUGGUACGGCCUUGGCCAGACAUAUGAAGUACUCGAAAUGCACGCGUAUGCACUAUGGUACUACAAGAAGGCCGCUGGUCUGCGUCCCUGGGACGGCAAGAUGUGGCAGGCGGUGGGUUCGUGCUUGCAAAAGAUGGGCCGCGACAAAGACGGCAUCAAGGCGCUCAAGAGAGCUCUGCUUGCGGAUUCCUACUACGAUUCGUCAGCAAGUAGCUUUGGAAGCACAGGGACGAUCGAUCGGAUGACGCAGAUGGAUCCUGAGGUCCUGCUGCAAAUAGGGGCAAUGUAUGAUCGGAUGGAGGAAGAAGAGGAGGCCAAGGCGUACAUGGAGUUGUGCGUUGCACAGGAGGAUGGCGGGGUUACCAAUGAUCAAGGACCAGGUCUAGGAGAUUCCAUCGGCGUCCGCGCUGAUAGCCCGGGCUCAGAUGAUGGGGAAGGCGGAGGGGAAAGGGUAGCGGCUGGUGAGGGGACAGGGGUUACGGUGGCAACGAGCAAGGCCCGGAUGUGGUUGGCGAAAUAUGCCAUGAGGGUGGAGGACUACGAGACGGCGAAUCGUCUCGCGACGGAGCUUUGCCAGGAUGGCGUUGAGGUGGAGGAAGCCAAGGCGCUGAUACGGGAAGCGAGGUCGAGGAUGGAACAGACGAGUAUGAUGGAGAGCUAGAGGCAGCAGUUGUCGCAUCAGAAGUUCCUGGAGUUUGUGGAAGGUUUGAGGAUGAGAGACAACACGAGAUUUGCGCGUCGUGAUCCUCGACAGCCUGCGAUUGUGAGGUCUGGACCGGGUCUGAGAGGCGCAAACCGAGAGGAAGAGGGAGAAUGGUAUUCGCAACUGGAGGAUGAUCUGAGUAUGAGGAGGACUUCGUGGCGGUGAGUCUGUAUGCGAGUGUAGAUGUAAGCAUCAUUGUUUCCAUCACUAUCGACGGUUGGUUGAGCCACACGAUGAGUUCGAUAAACAACGCAAUUCGAUACCCUCUUUUAAUGGCAUAGCUUUCCAG